AUGACGCAGCUUAUGAAAGCGUCGCCCGGUAUCCGACUUUCCCUAGGUGACGUCUACCAGGAGCCUCCCACACGAAUGACGAGACAUAACACUCUCGGUGGUCGGGCCAUUGACGCUAUCAGGCAAGACCUCGAAUUUGGCAACGGAGAGUAUGAUGCGAAUUACAAGAGGCCUGUCUUUGUGAAAGUGAGUAAGGCAACGGCGACAGACAGCUCUUUCCGGCUAUUUGGAGAUGAGCUAAAGAAACGCCAGAAGAUCUACAAUGCGGUCCUCUUCGUUGUAUCCCACCGCGCCAUUUUUAAAUACCGCGCUCGCAAGACUAUAAAGGCGGCCUACGAGCAGAGGUUUUAUGUGUCGGAGAAGCAGAAGGCCAACUUGAAAGGGUAA